UGCACUGCCCUAAGCCGCAGGAGCGCGGGGCGGCUCCUGCUCUUGCCAGGACAACGAGGCAGAGACUUUUAUCGAAAUGUCCACAGAAGGUGGGUUUGGCGGUACUAGUAGCAGUGAUGCUCAACAAAGCCUCCAGUUCUGGCCUCGUGUUAUGGAAGAAAUCCGGAAUUUAACAGUGAAAGAUUUCCGAAUACAGGAACUCCCACUGGCUCGUAUUAAGAAGAUUAUGAAACUGGAUGAAGAUGUGAAGAGGAAUGAUAUCGCCAUGGCAAUUACAAAAUUUGAUCAGUUUGACUUUCUCAGAGAAAUUGUUCCAAGAGAUGAACUGAAACCUCCAAAGCGUCAGGAGGAGGUGGGCCAGUCCGUGACUCCUACCGGGCCUGUCCAAUACUACUUCACGCUGGCUCAGCAGCCCACUGCUGUCCAAAUCCAGGGGCAACAGCAAGGCCAGCAGACCACCAGCUCCACAACCACCGUCCAGCCUAGGCAGAUCAUCAUCACGCAGCCUCAGCAGGGUCAGCUUUUAUUUCAGACAACCACACCAGUGACAAUGCAGGUAGGAGAAGGUCAACAGGUGCAGAUUGUCCAGGCCCAACCUCAGGGUCAAACCCAGCAGGCCCAGAGUGGCACUGGACAUACCAUGCAAGUGAUGCAGCAGAUCAUCACUAACACAGGAGAGAUCCAGCAGAUUCCGGUGCAGCUGAAUGCUGGCCUACUGCAGUAUAUCCGCUUAGCCCAGCUUGUAUCAGGCACCCAAGUUGUACAGGGACAGAUCCAGACUCUUGCCACCAGUGCCCAACAGAUCACACAGGCAGAGGUCCAGCAAGGACAGCAGCUCUACCAGAUCCAGCAAGUCACCAUACCUGUGGGCCAGGACCUCGCCCAGCCCAUGUUCAUCCAGUCAGCCAACCAGCCCUCCGUCGGGCAGGCCCCCCAGGUGACCGGCGACUGAGGGCCUAAGCUGGCAAGGCCAAGGAUACCCAACACAAUUUUUGCCAUACAGCCCCAGGCGAUGGGCGCUGCCUCCCUCCCCAGAGGACCCUGCCGACCUCAG